AUUAAGGAGUCUCAUCAGCCACGGAGCCAUAUUCAGCGCCCGUCCGCUUAAAGAUGGCUAUGCGUCCACCUACGUCGUCGUCGUUCCGGUGGCAGAAGCCCCGGCCGCUGCACCGCCGCCUGCCGCCGCUCCUCCUCCUCCUCGUCUCCGCCGCCUCCUUUCUCCUCGCUCUCGCCUUCGCCCGUGCGGCCGCCGCCGGCUUCCUCCGCCACGCCAAUUCCUUCGGCCGACGGUGCUACCCGGAGGGGUAUGUAGGCGAGGAGGCCGAGGCUGCGGCGGCGCAGCAGCAGCGGAGGCGGCCGCGCAUCGCGAUGGUGAGCUUCUCCGACGAGGCGGAGGGCGGCGGGCGGCUCCGGUCGUUCCGCGGGGUGGGGGAGGCGGUGGCGGGGAACAAGCGGUCGUACGCCGGUGGGAUGGGGUACCGGUACGUGGACGCCAGGAAGCUGGUGGAUCCUGGCCGCCCGCCUAGCUGGAGCAAGAUCCUGGCCGUCCAAUCGCUGCUUCCGCGCUACGACUGGGUCUUCUGGAACGACGCCGACACGAUGGUGAUGAACCCUUCGAUAUCUCUUGAGAGUAUUCUUCAUGCUGCUAUUGGGCACAUGGAUUUUGACAAGGCUCCUGACCUAGUGGUCACUGAGGAUGCCAAUGGGGUCAAUGCAGGAGUCUUCUUUGUGAGACGAUCAAAGUGGAGCAAGAGAUUCUUGCAGAUAUGGUGGAACGAAACCUCCUUCAUUCAAUUUGGAUCCACAAAGAGCGGCGACAACGACGCCCUCAAGCAUCUCAUCUACGGCCUAUCCGAAGAAGAGUUGCAAGCCCAUGUGGCCAUAUCGCCCAUGCAAUGCCUCUUCAAUUCAUAUCCUUGGAUUCCCACUCUUAAAUCCGUGCUGCGUCUGCUCGCCUCUCCUAAAGCUACUUGGAACGGAGUCUACUCUGAUGGUGAUUUCUUGCUGCACCUUGCUGGCGUUGAUGACAAGAGAAAAUGGGUGGCCAACUUGAUAGAGGACAUGCACGCUGUUUAGCCGAUGAAAGAAAAAUAGUUAAUGUAAUUAACAUUACUUUACUUGUGUAUUAGGAAAUAUUUAUUUUGAAGUGAAUAAUAAUGAUAAUAAUAGAAAUAA